CACUUUCACCCAGACAAAGCAGAACUCUUAUAAUCAACAGGAAGCCAGCAGCAUAUGAGCGCACACACAUUCCAGGAAUCUUGUGAGCAAACUAAAAUCUUAAAUUCUCACUUCACUUUAAAUAUCACGUUCACACACACACACGUAUAAGUGCACAACUACAAGUUUAAGUGUUUGCUGUUUGGGACAUAGCAUGCUUGUUCUGACACUUUUCUCACAUCAUCAGCAUCGCUCUUGUUUCAUUUUCACACAUGUCAUAUCUACAGGUGACAUGUUUCUUGUAAAUCACAUCAGUGAUGUAGUCCCUAAUAACUGAAAGUGAAAUCAACACCCACUGAUAUACUGGGAAUUCCCAAAAGAUAUUUUGUGGGUUUUCGUUUUUAAAUUUUCCGUUAAGGUGUACUGAAAGCUCUCUCUAGUGCCGAGUCCUGCCAUAUUCUUGUACAGUGGAAAGUCUUUAGAUGAUCAGUCUGUCAUGUUGGGAUUAACAGGACACUAAACUUGAAUGAGUAAAUUUGAGUAAUCUUCUAGCAUACAUGCCAUUUGGGGAGUCUUAGAUAAGGCAGUGUACCACAAAUUAUUUCUGAAGACUGUAUCCAACAUGUGGCCGUUAUUACAGUUGGUAGUAUCAAGGAUGUCACAUGGUGCAUUUCCUCUCUUUGGCACUGUAGCUUGUUCAAAGCCAGUUUCCUUACCAGCCUUCCUCAGUUACAAUAUCUGUGCUUUCACCUACAAGUGACAUUUAUAUCCCUACAUGCGUUGUCUACCACUGUGUUCACAAAGGUGAUCAGAGACAAUUUUCAUCCAGUCAUGACAGGAAAUUCUAAUGGCAGCCAACUUGAUAAUGCCACAAUAUCUCUGUUUCAAAAUGUGGAAACCAGCAUUGCCAUUUCUGUUAUCUAUAUGAUCGUCACGGUCAUUAACCUGUCAGGAAAUGGAUUAUCCAUGUGGCUUCUCCUCUUCCGCACCUCCCCCAAGUCUCCCACCAUCAUCUUCAUGAUUAACCUCACCCUGACUGACUUGGCUCUUGGCACUGCCCUGCCCUUUCAAAUUUCCUACCAGCUUCAAGGAUACAACUGGAAUCUGGGGUCAAAGAUGUGCAGUUUCCUGACCAUGGUUUUUUACACCAACAUGUACUGCUCCAUCCUCACAAUGAUGGCCAUCGGUAUUGACCGCUACCUGGGCAUAGUUAGGCCCAUGCUGUUCAGACAGUACAGGAAGAAAAAGACCGUUGCUGUCCUCAGCUGCCUCCUGAUGUGGGCUUUGGUCCUUGGUGUUCUGCACCCGCUCAUGACCACAGACCUGACCUUUAACGUUCCUGAACUCGGGAUUGUUACGUGCUUUGACGUGCUCAAGAAAAAUAUGCUCCCGUCUGUGUCAGCUUGGGCACGCUUCCUUUUCAGCAUGGUGUUCAUCCUCUUCCUCUUCCCAUUCUGUGUCACAACAUUCUGCUAUGUCAGUGUCAUACGCAGUCUAGCUAGAGAUUCCAAGACAGCCCAGAAAGAGAGGGCAAUUCGUCUAGCGGUCGUUGUUCUCCUGGUGUUUGUUUUCUGCUUUGCUCCCAACAACAUCCUUUUGUUGAUUCACAGUGUGCUGAGGCUCUUCUAUAAGAAGUCCCUUUACAUGGCCUACAAACUCUCCCUCUGUUUCAGCUGUCUGAACAGCUGUCUUGAUCCAUUCAUUUACUACUUUGCUUCAAAGGAUUUCAGACAGAAGUUGAGAGAGAUUAUGAAUCUGCAAAGCCUGAGUAGUGCAGACUCAAUGAAGAUGGAAAACAAAGAGACUUUGUACUCUGCACAGUGUACUUUUUGAACGUUAAUAGAGAGCCAUAUAAUUAUAUAAAUAUAAUUUUAUGCCAUAUAAUACUAGCAGGAUAAAAGAAAAAAAGGAUUGAGAAAAGAAUAAUAUAAGGAUGAGAUAUUAAUAUAGAUAUUAGAUAUUGCUUCUUGGUCAAGAUUUCAAACUCAGUGAGUAAUAGAAGACAAAAUGAGAGACGGAAACAGGUGCCCCACGACCCUUCACUGGACGAAGCAGUAUAGAUAAUGUAUAGAUGGAUGGAUAUCUUACACACAGACCAUAACAGUUUUCCCCCCAGCAAAUAUGUAUUGUGUAAAAAUGUAAAUUAAUGUGAAUAAAAUAUUUGUUGUCUGCCAAA